AUGAGUAGAUAUAUAAGAUGGAGUAGUAAGAUAUGCCAUUUGAUAACGAUUUUUUUUUUAAUAAUUAAUGUAAAGAAUAUUUUGAUAAAAUGUUUUAAUCAUGAAGGGCAUGAAGCAAUUGGAAUGGUGACUAUGUCUGGAUUAAAAAAUAAUCAACUAUAUGAAUUAAAAAAAAUAUUAAAUGGAAAAGAUAUUGUUGAUAUUGGAAGAUGGUGUCAUUUAGUUCACAAAAAAAUUAAAGGAGCAGAAAGUAUGCAUUUUAAUUUACAAAAUAAUGAUUGUCAAAAAGUAGUUUUUAAAUGUGAAAAUGAGAAUGGAUUAUGUUUAAUGAAUUCAAUAAGAUAUUUUUAUAACAGGUUGAUGGAGUCACCCAAUUCUAAUGAUAAAAAAAAUGAAGUAACAAAUGGUAAAUCUAUAGAUUCAACAAAUCAAAUACCUUUUAAAUAUCCAAAAGAUAUUAAUUUUACUGAUUCUGAUUCAUUAAAAUAUUUAGUAUCACUAAUUGCUGAUAUGCAUCAACCAUUGAGAAUUUCAUAUAAAUAUGACAAUGGAGGAAAGAGUGUAAAAAUUUAUUAUCGUAAUAAUCAGGGUGUCAAAAUAAAAAGUACUUUAUUUGAAUAUGUUGAAAAUGAUCUUAUAAAUAAAAUGAUUGAAAAGUAUCAGUCUUCUUGGUAUAGUGGAUGGACACACAUUAAUAGAAUUUAUGAUCAACAUAAAAAAGAUGAAAUAUUAUUUAAAGAAAAAGGUAUUGAUGCAAUAGAAAUUUGGGCAACAGAAAUAGUAAAUGAUUUUUGUUAUGAUUUUUAUCUUAAUAAUUAUGUUUCUACUUUUUUAACUAAUGUAAAUAAUGAAUUACAUUUUAAUAUAAAUAAGGAAAUAGAAAUAACAAAAGAUUUAGAGUUUCAAUUUGAAAGAUUAAUUAGACUUAAUAUUUUAAAGGCUGGUUCUAGAAUUGCAAUUAUAUUAAAUCAUAUAUUUGCUAACAAAAAUUUUUCAAAUUUUAGAAAAAUCUCUGAAUUAGACAAAGGGCAAUAUGAUAAACUGGAGGAAUACACCCCCGCGUCUACAUACAAGAGAAAUGCAUUACUCAUAAAUUUGACAAUACUUGUAAUUAUUUUGGUAAUAAUACUAUACUACAACUUCAUAAUUAAUAAAAAACAAAAAACAUACUUACCCGACAAGAUGGUGGAAGUUGAGCUAAAGAAUAAAGCCAAUUAA